AAAUGUCUCUUCAGAGUUUGACAUCAGUGAAACAACCGUUGCUGCUAUCUUAAACUCUUUGAUUGCGUCACACUUCCUGUCAGGGUGGUGUCUUUGCAUCUGCACAGUACACAAUCCUGAUCAACUGUCAACCGCAGAAUUGCACCUUCCUGUUUCUGGAAAUGGAUCAGUGUUUGCUGUUUCUCCUGCUGCUGCUGAUGGGCAGAGAGGGAUUGGGUCAAUCAGAGGAAGUGUGCUCAAAGUCGGUGAUCAACUCGUGUAAUGACUGCAUCAAAUCUGGACCGUACUGUGUGUGGUGCCAAGACCUGAAUUUCACAAAAGCAGGUGAACAGGAAGCUGCUCGCUGUGACACCAGAGCUCAGCUGACAGCGAGAGGCUGCGAAAAAAUCAUCUCCCCCACCAACAUACUGAUCAUUGACAGGGAUGAUGCACUGGCUGAGUCUUUCAUCCAGCAGGAGCCAGUCCAGCUGAGACCUCAGAAGAUCACUCUGAAUCUGCGCCCCGGGCUUUCUCAAACAUUCACCGUCUCCUUUAAGAGAGUUCAGGGUUACCCAGUUGAUCUGUACUAUCUGAUGGACCUGUCCUACUCCAUGAAAGAUGACCUGGAAAAAGUCAAAGAACUGGGACAAGAUCUUUUUGAUGCCCUGAGAAGAAUCACUCAGCAUGCUCAAAUAGGGUUCGGUGCCUUUGUUGAUAAGACAGUCCUUCCUUACACCAACACCAACAAAGAGAAACUGGAGAAGCCAUGUGAUGAGGAUGACCAGCAGUGUCAGUCUGCCUUCGGCUACAGACACGUGCUCAGUCUGACUCCAGACAAGAAUGAGUUUAAGAGAAAAGUGAGCACGCAGUUCAUCUCUGGGAACCUGGACUCUCCUGAGGGGAGUCUAGAUGCCAUGAUGCAGGCUGCUGUAUGUGGGGAUAAAAUAGGAUGGAGGAACAGCAGCACUCGGCUGAUCGUCCUAACCACUGAUGCAGGAUUCCACAUGGCUGGAGAUGGAAAACUGGCUGGUAUCCUGGAGCCCAAUGAUGAACACUGCCACAUGGAAAACAACCUUUACACCAAGGGUAGUGAGAUGGACUACCCGUCUGUCGGACAACUCGCUGUGCAGCUGGAAAAAAGUAAUAUCCAGCCGAUAUUUGCAGUGACAAAAAAUGUGGAGUCUGUGUACAAGAAACUCUCUAAAAUGAUUCCAAAAUCAGAGGUGGGAGUUCUGACAUCAGAUUCCAAUAAUGUCGUCCAGUUGAUUGAAACUGCCUACAAUCGGCUGUCCUCCAAAGUGACUUUGACCCAUGACAAUCUGCCUGACAAUGUCAGAAUUGUCUACACCCCAAUUUGUGAUAAACCAGUUAAAGGACGGGACAGCGAAGGGGUUUGUGAUGAUGUGGUCGUGGGACACACGAUCUCUUUUGAUGUCACUGUGACCGCAAUCUCAUGUUUGGAGAAGGACACGUCUUUCACUAUCAGACCCCUGGGCAUAAAGGACACACUGACAGUGAGCUUAUCUACAGAGUGUGAGUGUGAAUGUACUAACCCCACUGACCAAGAACACAAACACUGCUCAGGGAAGGGAAGAAUCAACUGUGGUAUUUGCAGCUGCAAGGAAGGCUUCGUUGGUCAGUUAUGCGAGUGUGCCAUUGGCGACAAAGACGAGCGCUCCCUCCGGGCAUCCUGUCAGAGGCAGAAUGGCACCGAGUGUGAGGGUCGAGGAGACUGUGUGUGUGGCAGGUGCGAGUGCCACAGGACAGAGAGUGGAACCAGUUACCAUGGUGACUUCUGCGAGUGUGAUGAUGAACACUGUGAGAAGUUCCAGAAUAAACUGUGUGGAGGAAAGGGUAGAUGCAACUGUGGCACCUGUGAAUGCGAAGAUGGCUACGAGGGCUCAGCCUGUCAGUGCAAGGUGACUGUGGAGAGCUGUCGCACAACCAACAACAGCGUGUGCUACGGCAGAGGAACCUGUAAGUGCAACCGCUGUGAGUGUAAGGAGGGAUACCAGCGCCCGCACUGCCAGAAGUGUCUUGGGUGUCCUGACCCAUGCCAGACCAAACUGAACUGCAUUGAAUGCCUGGCUUUUGACUCGGGUCCCUUUAAAAAGAACUGUAGCAUGGCUUGCAGCAAGAGCAUUUAUUACCAGAUGGUGGAGCAAUUCAACAUAUCAAGCAAGGAGUGCCAUCUGAAGGAUUCUGCGGGCUGCUGGAUCACGUUUAAGCUGGAGCAGCUGGUCGGAGAGGACAACUACCUGGCUCAAGUGAAGCAGAGAGACUGUCCAGAACCACCCAGCGUUAUAGCGAUCAUCGCAGGCUCAGUAGCGGGUGUGGCUCUCAUUGGCAUCCUGCUGCUGUUGCUCUUCAAGUUACUGAUCUACAUGAAUGACCUGAAAGAGUUCAAGAAGUUUGAAACUGAAAAGAACAAAUGCACGUGGGCAAAGGCCGACAACCCACUGUUCCAGGAUGCUACCACCACAGUGGCCAACCCCAUGUUCACUGGAGAGUGAGGACCUCGACCACAGCAAACACAGCUCUGCUGUAUCUGUACUUGUUUUUUGUCCAAAAAUUCUGCAUUCUUUUUCAUUGCUUAUAAGACAUACACAUUAAAUGUACUGUAAUGUCGCACCGCUUAUGAUAUACACAGUAAGAGAGUUUAUAGUGUACAGCAUAGGAAGAAUAUAAUGAUGUAUAAUAAUCAUAUCCUGGAUGUAUCAUCAAUACUUUUUGCUCCUGUUUCUAUUUGCUGUGGCAAAUUAAAAGCCUGAUUUCAUUGACA